UGCUGCCAGCGACGCGCGCCCGGAGCGCAGGGGACACCGGCCCGGCCGCGGGCGCGGCGUUGCGGAGCGCCCGCGAGAGUCGCCCGUGCCCUGCGCCAGACUCAGCCAGCCGCAGCCGUCACCCGUGUCCAGGGUGCGGGGUACCACAUUACUGUCGUCUCCCUGUGAGUGGGACUGGCAACCCAGCUACAGCUGCAGGCAGAAGGAUCCCACCACACACAGACCCGUGCCAGCCGAGAGCCUGCUUCCCCAGGCCCCAGGCAUGGAAGAGCUGAUAUGGGAACAGUACACUGUGACCCUACAGAAGGAUUCCAAAAGAGGAUUUGGAAUUGCAGUGUCUGGAGGCCGAGACAACCCCCACUUUGAGAAUGGAGAGACCUCCAUCGUCAUCUCCGACGUGCUCCCGGGCGGGCCUGCUGACGGGCUGCUGCAAGAAAAUGACAGGGUGGUCAUGGUUAACGGCACCCCCAUGGAAGAUGUGCUGCACUCAUUCGCCGUCCAGCAGCUGAGAAAAAGCGGAAAGAUCGCUGCCAUCGUGGUCAAGAGACCCCGGAAGGUGCAGGUGCCCCUGCCGCAGGGCAGCCCUGUCCUGGAACGGGAUGACCCGGCUUUUGAGGUGAUGGACGACUUGGAUGGCCGAAGUUUCCGCAGCGGGUACAGUGAGAGGAGCAGGCGUAGCAGCCAUGAGGGGCUCAGCCGCAGCUGGGAGGACAGCCCAGAGCGGGGGCGGCUGCAUGAGCGUGCCCGGAGCCGAGAACAGGACCGCAGCCGGGACCAGAGCCGGGGCCGCAGCUUGGAGCGGGGCCUGGACCACGACUAUGGGGGCGCCCGAGACCGGAGUCGUGGCCGGAGCCUGGAGCGGGGCCUAGACCACGACUUUGGGCGCCCGCGGGACAGCAGCCGCGGCCGGAGCAUUGACCGCGACUACGAGCGCUCCUAUCGCCAAGGCUACAACGACCCGGACUAUGAGCAGGCCUCCAGCCCGUCAGGGGGCUACCGCCACAGAGCCCAGGCCGACGCCCGGUAUGAGGGGCGCCGCAGCCGCAGCCGUGAGCACCUGCAUUCCCGCAGCCCCAGCCCAGAGCCACGGGGCCGGCCGGAGCCGGAUAGGCCCAUUGGAGUCCUUCUGAUGAAAAGCAAAGCAAAUGAAGAGUACGGCCUCCGGCUUGGGAGUCAGAUCUUCAUAAAAGAAAUGACCAGGACGGGACUGGCAACUAAGGAUGGCAACCUCCACGAAGGGGACAUCAUUCUCAAGAUCAAUGGGACUGUCACUGAGAACAUGUCUUUAACGGAUGCUCGAAAACUGAUCGAGAAGUCUAGAGGAAAGCUGCAGCUGGUGGUGCUGAGAGACAGCCGGCAGACCCUCAUCAACAUCCCAUCACUGAAUGACAGCGACUCGGAAAUAGAAGAUAUCUCGGAAAUAGAGUCAAACCGAUCAUUUUCUCCAGAGGAGAGACGCCAGCAGUAUUCUGAUUAUGAUUAUCAUUCAUCAAAUGAGAGGCUGAAGGAACGACCAAGUUCAAGAGAGGACACGCCAAACAGAUUGUCCAGGAUGGGCGCCACCCCAACUCCGUUCACGUCCUCUGGGGAAGCUGCAGCUGUGGUUGUCACGGAGACCAGCAAGGAACCUAGGUACCAAGAGGAACCGCCAGCUCCUCAACCCAAACCAGCCCCGAGAACGUUCCUUCGUCCUAGUCCUGAAGAUGAAGCAAUAUAUGGCCCUAAUACCAAGAUGGUGAGGUUCAAGAAGGGAGACAGCGUGGGCCUCCGGCUAGCAGGUGGCAAUGAUGUUGGGAUAUUUGUCGCUGGCAUUCAGGAAGGCACAUCGGCGGAGCAGGAAGGCCUGCAAGAAGGGGACCAGAUUCUGAAGGUGAACACUCAGGACUUCAGAGGGCUGGUUCGGGAGGAUGCUGUUCUCUACCUGUUAGAAAUCCCCAAAGGUGAAACGGUGACCAUUUUAGCUCAGAGCCGAGCUGAUGUGUACCGAGACAUCCUGGCUUGUGGCAGAGGGGACUCGUUUUUUAUAAGAAGCCACUUUGAAUGCGAGAAGGAGACUCCGCAGAGCCUGGCCUUCGUCCGGGGCGAGGUCUUCCGGGUGGUGGACACGCUCUAUGACGGCAAGCUGGGCCACUGGCUGGCCGUGAGGAUCGGCAACGAGCUGGAGAAAGGCCUGAUCCCCAACAAGAGCAGAGCUGAGCAGAUGGCCAGUGUUCAGAAUGCCCAGCGAGACAACGCUGGGGACAGGGCCGACUUCUGGAGGAUGCGGGGCCAGAGAUCCGGGGUGAAGAAGAACCUGAGGAAGAGCCGGGAAGACCUCACAGCUGUCGUGUCUGUCAGCACCAAGUUCCCGGCCUACGAGAGGGUUUUGCUGCGAGAGGCGGGUUUCAAGAGACCUGUGGUCUUAUUCGGGCCCAUAGCAGAUAUAGCGAUGGAGAAACUGGCAAACGAGUUACCUGACUUUUUUCAAACUGCUAAAACAGAACCCAAAGAUGCAGGAUCCGAGAAAUCCAGUGGAGUGGUCCGGUUAAAUACUGUGCGGCAAAUUAUUGAACAGGAUAAGCACGCACUGCUGGAUGUGACGCCGAAAGCUGUGGACUUGCUGAAUUACACGCAGUGGUUCCCGAUUGUGAUAUUUUUCAGCCCGGAUUCUAGGCAGGGCGUCAAAACCAUGAGACAGAGGUUGAGUCCCACAUCCAACAAAAGCUCCCGGAAGUUGUUCGAUCAAGCGAACAAGCUGAGAAAAUCGUGUGCACAUCUGUUUACAGCUGUCAUCAACCUGAAUUCGGCCAACGACAGCUGGUUCGGCAGCUUGAAGGACACCAUUCAGCAUCAGCAAGGAGAGGCAGUGUGGGUCUCCGAGGGAAAGAUGGAAGGGAUGGAUGAUGACCCCGAAGACCGCAUGUCCUACUUAACCGCCAUGGGCGCGGACUAUCUGAGUUGCGACAGCCGCCUCAUCAGUGACUUUGAAGACACCGACGGCGAAGGAGGCGCCUACACUGACAAUGAGCUGGAUGAGCCAGCCGAGGAGCCGCUGGCAUCUUCCAUCACCCGCUCCUCAGAGCCGGUGCAGCAUGAGGAGAGCAUAAGGAAACCCAGCCCAGAGCCAAGGGCUCAGAUGCGGAGGGCUGCUAGCAGAGAUCAACUUAGGGACAAUAGCCCGCCCCCGGCAUUCAAGCCAGAGCCGCCCAAGGCCAAAACCCAGCACAGAGAAGAAUCCUUUGACCAACCCAAGGCCUCCACUGCUGCUGACCGCGAGCUGCCCAGCACAUCCUUCAAAGCGUGCCCUCCGCCCAUUGCCGCGAAACCCGCUUUUGGCAGGCCUAUCCUGAAGCCCUCCACGCCCGUGCCUCCCCCGGAGGGGGAGGGGCUGGGAGAGAGCAGUGAGGAGCAAGAUCACACCCCGAAGUCAGUCCUGGGCAAAGUCAAGAUAUUUGAGAAGAUGGAUCACAAGGCAAGACUACAGCGGAUGCAGGAGCUGCAGGAGGCACAGAAUGCCCGGAUUGAAAUCGCGCAGAAGCAUCCCGAUAUCUAUGCAGUUCCAAUCAAAACGCACAAGCCGGACGCCGGCCUGCCCCAGCACACGAGUUCCAGGACCCCAGAGCCGCAGAGGGCGCCCUCCAGACUGUACCAGGAUGGCCGGGGCAGUCACGGGAGUGACGCCGAGGAGGAGGAGUACCGCCAGCAGCUGUCGGAGCACUCGAGGCGCGGCUACUACAGCCAGCCGGCCCGCUACCGGGACACGGAGCUCUAGCCCCGCCGGUUGGCCCCUGCGCCGCCGGCACGUCUUCACACUGCAGAGCUGUGCUGGGGGGGCCGCCCCGGAGGGCACUGCGGUCUGUUACUGCUGCUCGCUGCAGAGGACCAAAAGCUGUGUUAAUUCUGUUUGCCUGUUGGUAACGUGUAUAUUACGAAGCAAUAACUAUUUCCCUUCAUUAAUAGCUGCCUUCAAGGACUGUCUCUGUGUGAGGCAGAAUGUGAAUAAAGGAAUAAUUCCUGUUGUACACAAACUAAAUUCCAAGUAUUUUAGUACAGCUCUCUAAGUGCCUUUCAUGAGAAGUGUCUUCGGUUCUCUUCCUAUGAAGCUUUAUGCAAAGCCAUAAUGGGUUAAAACUAUUUUGACUAAAUUUUGAUACCAAUUUAAUAGCCGUGGUUUUCUCUGCUCUAUCUUUUCAAGGGAUUUAUCUUUGUAAUAUUUUUCAUAAACUCUGUAUAUGUAAUAGCUGUACUUAGUAAUUUGGCUAUAUGGGCUAAGUAGCUUGAAGACCAAGAAGGUAUAAAAAUUUGUUUGUUUAAAAUCAUGUGCCCCACAAAAAGAUACUUGAGGAAAUACAUUUUUGUCUGUAAGUGUAUGUACUGACAGUAGUCAGUUUUAUAGUUUAAUAAAAAGAAAUACAUUCAA